CGGCAUUGGAACAGAUGUGUGUCGGAGAGAAACUUAUAAAAAAGUUCCCACAUGGGUUGAUCACCAGUCACGAUUACACAGUCAUCAAGGGAAUUAAAGAACAUCAACAGGAUACAACCAUUAAGAUGUCCGGAUUGCAACUACUUUUCAUCGGGGUAGCCUAUCUCUGCUCUUUCACAUUUGGAAUAAAGUGCCCCCAUGGCUUCGAGGAAUAUAACCAUGCCUGCUACACUGUGGUCAAAGAUGCUGUGGCCUUCGUCGAUGCGUACCGCAGAUGCGAGGCGAUGAACAGCUACCUUCUGAACGUGGAUUCCACUCCAGAGUUGAACUUUCUUAGAAAGCUUGUCGGACGUGCUGGCGGUUGGGUUCAAGGAUUUUGGACAGGUGGAUUUUAUGAUACGAUUCGCAGAACCCAGGGGCCCCAGGGGAGGCAAGGGACGUGGUUCUGGAGGAAGACUGAUCUUAAUGGACGAGAAACAGUGACGCAAGUGACGCCAGAUAAUACUGACGUAAACUGGUGGGGAAUUGACCCCUUCAAUAACUGGUACCCCGCUGAACACUGGCUGAUGCUUAAUACCGAAAAACACUGGCUGAUGCUUAAUACCGAUGACUUCAAGCUGUACGGUGAAACCUAUUUCGUGAAGCUGGGGUACAUUUGUGAAACUGUGGCUAAAUAAAGCGCUAA